ACACGCCUCCUUUUGCUUCUCCUUCAUUUAACACUUAACUGGCAUUUGCAUCCAAACACGACUCCCUCAACUCUCUCUCUCUCUGCCCCAAAAGGCCAAAGCUUCCCUCUUUUUCUUCUCUUCUUCAUUGUUCUAAUGCUCUUUAUUUAAAGUUGCAGAUUUUGCACCAUUAAAACAAAAGACAAAAGAAAAAAAGAAAAAAAGAGUUGGGAAUUAGUUAUGGCUUGGAAGAAGCAGUUGUAUUUGCUGGCUAAGCAAAACCAAACAAAGCUUAGGACUUCAAAUUUGGGGUGAUGAGUUUUCUCAUAGAGAUUGUCAAAUUCAAAGCUGUUCAUUUGUGAUCUCUUUCUCAUCCUGAACAACACAGUGUAUAGCAUUAGAAGAUCAAAUGGCAGAGCUGCUACUAAUCACAUGCCUUUCUCUACUUUUUCUCAUUCAAUAAAACUGACAAAAGAAACUUGAGUACCCAUUUCAGUUUACCUGACAACAGUUUCAGAUUUUUUAUUUUUUUUUGUUUUUGUUUUUACUCUGUGUGAGUGUAUGCAACAACAAGUACACGAAGUCACAAACAUUCCCAGUACGCUUGGCUUCUCUGUGAUAGAACCAGGAAAAGUACCAACCUUGAUCCUCACUCUGAUUGGUGUUUUUGGAAAUAGUAACUGGCAUCUGUCAGAGUAGCUUGUUAGUGUUAUCACACUCUAUAGCUAUUUUGGGAGUUGAUUUUCCUUUUGAGAUCACAUAUGCUGCUGAGGAACAGAUCAAGGGCAGUGACCAAGCCAGGUUUGAUGGCUGAUCACAGUUCCCAGCAAUCUCAAAAUCAAAACUAUACUAGAACCAUCCCUUCCCUAUUUGGGUCACCAAAAUUCAGAGAUUUCACCAACAAGUGUCUCUCAGGAACUGAGGCCUUAAGAAGCCCAACUUCAAUUCUUGAGACAAGGCCAUUAUCCCCUUUUGGCUUUGGAAUCCCCUUUUCAUAUGACAACAAGACACAAACCGUUCCUCACUCACAAAACAGAAGCUCUAGGGACAAGCCAGAUUCAAAAGCUAUUGGCCUUGCUCUUGUGGGUAAUCUCAAAGAUGGUGACCCUGUUGGCGACAAUUCUUCUAAACCCAACAAAGGAAAUGUCCUGUUUGGAACACAGCUUAGAGUGAAAAUCCCAUUUGAGUCUCAACCAUGUGCUACUGAUUUUGGAACCAACAAAACCAAGGACUCAAAAAAUUCAGGACUAUAUGCAAAGGAUUCUCCAAGUAUGGAAAUUCUGUCUUGGAGUGAGAUGGAGCUUUCUGAGGAAUAUACAUGCGUGAUAUCCCAUGGACCUAAUCCAAGAACUACCCAUAUAUUCAAUAAUUGUAUUGUGGAGAGUUAUUGUUCACUCCCCCAAAACUCUCUCUCUGAUGCCUCUGCAAAUUUCCUCAGCUUCUGUUACACUUGCAAGAAACAUCUUGAGCAGACAAAGGACAUAUUUAUUUAUAGAGGAGAGAAAGCUUUCUGCAGUAGGGAAUGCCGCCACCAAGAAAUGGUGUUAGAUGGUAUAGAUAAUUUAGAAUUUGAAAGUAAUGGUUAUUCUUGACUUCAACGUCCCUUCCCUUGCAUGCACCGUGGCAGCAAAGUCCUGCAUUUUGAGGAGGAUAAUAACCAGCAAGGCACAAAGUCAAAUCAAAAUUUUCCAUUCUUCAUCAUGAUUUCAUGACUAGGAAGUAGUAACAGUAAUUAGUACUUCAUUGUAAUCAAUAAUAAGGUCCCUUUUUGAAGAAGUAUUUUGCUUUGUUUUUUUUUCCCCUCCUCUCCCUUGCAAAUAGAGAGAUAAGAGAGGAUGUUGUAGAGUUGGUUCCAAGUGAUGACUAAUUUGAUCGCUUCUUCUGGUUUUGCCCCCAUUGUUUUCGGGUGAAGCAGAUGAGAUGAGAUGAUGUUGUGUGAUUGAAAACAGUGCCUUUUAUUUUUCUUCUUCUAUGAGUUGAUGAUAAUGAUGGUGCUACCCAGCUAUUGUCUUAGAAGGGGACCGGUUAAUUAUUUCUCACAAAGAUUCCCUCUCUGCAUGUACUCAUAUUAUUAUUAUCCUUAGCCUUUGCUCUUCUCACCCCUAUGUCGAGUUAAUAAAGAAUUCAGCAAACCAUUAUAAUACUAUACAAAACUGACAGUGACAGAAAAAUAUACAUUUG